AUGAAGUCGGUGUUAUCGAUACAGUCACACGUGUCUCACGGAUAUGUGGGUGGAAGAGCGGCCAUAUUUCCACUACAGUGUCAGGGCUGGGAGGUCGAUAGUAUCAAUACUGUGAACUUUUCGAAUCAUACUGGAUAUGGUUCAGUAAGAGGCUCAAGUAUUAACGAAGCUGAUUUGGUCGAUAUUUUUAAAGGGUUGAAUAAUAUUCAAGUAUCGUACGAUGCGAUAAUCACUGGAUAUAUACCAAAUGCAUCAUUGAUUGCUGUGACAAACGAAAAUAUCAAGUCGUUAAAAUUGAACAAUGAUAAUUUAUUAUACUUAUUAGAUCCGGUCAUGGGAGACCAGGGUUUUUUAUAUGUGGAUGAAUCAUGUGUUGAUGAGUACAAAAAGAUAUUGGAGGAUCGUCUUGUAGAUAUUAUUACUCCAAAUCAAUUUGAAUUGGAGUUGUUGGUAGGCUUUAAGGUUAAAAAUGAAAGUGAUCUAAACCUUGCAAUAAACCAUUUGCAUUCAAAAUUCAACAUUAAGUAUGUCGUGAUAUCGAGCUUGACAGACAUAAAUAAGAGUUCCGAGGAUUUAAUAUAUUGCGCUAUCUCCACCAUGGGUGAAGAGAAAAUACAAAUAUUCAGUAUUCCCGUGAUUAAUUCAUAUUUCACAGGUGUUGGCGAUUUAUUUAGUGCUUUAUUGUUGGAUAAGCUUUACAACAGUUUUCGGUGUCAUGAAUCAAAGCUGCCAAGUUUAUCGAAAGCAGUUAGCCAAGUUCUUACUAUAAUGCUGAAAACUUUAAGCUUGACCCAUAAAUUGGGAAUCGAAUCAUAUUGCAAGGAUAAAAAUUUGACAAAUUCAAACGGAGAUAUGCCUGUAAGUAAAGUCAAUGAUGAUGUAAUGAAAUACUUUGAGUUGAAAAUCAUCCAAUCUAAGGACUUCUUUGCUUAUGAUGGGAUAGGCGAGUUUAAACCCGAGUACUUGUAG